AUGACCGAAGCUCUCUCCGAUCAUAAAACUAUUACCAUCAUAUACCAGUUCUCCGAUUCCCAAAUCAUUAAACAUCAGAUGAGAUUCAAUGAAUCUUCCACCUUCGAAGUCAUUCGGCAGACGAUCGCGGCAUCCUUUAACCUGACAGAUUUCGUCUUGUAUGAAAAUGAGGUGAUAAUUCCACACACUUAUGACGCAUUCCUUCAUGGUAAAACUUAUGAGAUAAGGUGUCCAGGUCAUGAAACUAGGGGCCAAGAAGGUGACUAUUCCAACUUGAAAUCAAGUAGGCGAAAAGCAUGUGAUCUGUGCGUAAAAUCAAGAAAAAGAUGCGAACGAGACUCGAUGAAUGACGACUGUCAGAGAUGUAUUAAAUUGAACACUGACUGUGCGACCACAUUUUGA